UUAAAGACCAUCUAAAUGUGUUCUCCUUGUUUUCCAGUGAACCUGCAGAAGCCCAAUAUUUCUCUCAGUGGAUUGUAUGACUUUGGUCAUCAGGGUUCAGUGAUCACCAGAGGUCACAGCUUCACUAUUACUUGUUCAUCUGAAUCUCAGUAUUCUGGAGGCUUCUUCUCUCUGUUUAGUGGAUCAAACAUCACCAGUAGUCAACCAGCUGUCAAUCACUCAGCCGUCUUCAUCUUUCCUGACGCAGAUUAUUCACAUGAGGGAAACUACAGUUGUGUUUAUGAAGUGAUUGUCUCCUCACGUACCCUCCAUUCAGAUGCGUCUGACCUGCUGCUCAUAACUAUCAGAGCCUCUUUGCUUCCUGUCAUUGGUGCUGUUGUGUCAGCUGUACUUCUCAUCUUCUCUGCUCUUGUUAUCGUCUUCAUGGUGAAGAGAAGACAAAAGCAGAAGAAUGAGGAGAUUCGUAAAAAGUGUUUCUUUAAGAAAGGUGAGGGUAAUACAUAUGAAGGUGCAUCCCGUGACACCAAAAAUGAAGAGGAUGAUGAGGACGUCUAUCAAAAUGUGGAACUUGAAAAGAAAGAUUGUGACAAUGUGAGCAGUGAUGACUCUGAACAGGACUAUAUUAAUGUGGAUCCAGAUAAUUUAAAACAGGAUUGUAUGAAUGCAGACACAGAUGAUUCUGAAGAUGAUUAUGUUAAUGUUGAUAUUACAGAAAACAGAAGUAAAGUAGACAGUAAAUGUGAUGAUGAUCUUUAUGAAAGUGUUAUGGAUAAUGAGUGAACCUGUAAUACAACACGGACAGCAAUAUCAUCAAAGACUGAUUGAUACAAAUGAUGAUGAUGAUGAUGAUGUAGUUUGGUGUAUCCUGUCAAACACAUGAACUGUGUCCCAUCUCUGAUGUGAUUGCAGAGCUGCCAACUUUCAAGCUGUCGCCGUGUGACACACGGUUUUCACACACACUCACGCCACACAUCCAAUUACUCACACAAAAAAAUCUGAUCUUGUGCAGAGACUUGUUCGUUCCUUUUCAAACUCUCCGACGGUACUAGAUGGCGCUGAUGGAGUCUGCAGCUGGCUGCACCCUGAGGUUAGAGAAAGAAUAAGAGAUACCCCGCGAAAGACUAGGACUGCGUCCGAAACCGCAUACUGUACAGUUGGUACUGAAUGAGAUGAAGUACCUACUUACUGACCGUUAAAACUGUAGGUACUGUAUAGUAUGAAUCCUGGUAGUAUGAAUGAGAUUCGGACGUACUACAUCCGCCAUGUUGAUACAUCACGUGACAUACGUCGUCAUCACGUCAUGUCAUACCAGCGCGAAAACAGCCACAUCGCCGCUUUCACCUCUUCUUCUUCUUUGCACAACAAUUUGCGCUUUUUUAGUAAAUAACCCACAGAUACUGUAUUACCACUCCCAUCUGCACUUUUUUGGAAUUGCGCUCUUGUGCUAAUUUGCCCCAUUUAGUAAAUCUGGCCCUAAGUAUGUAACAAUGAAAUGUCGUCCAAUUUAAUACUCUUAAUUUUAAAUCUUGAAUAAAUUUGUUUAUGCGUUUAGUGCAGUGAAUGUAAACUCAGCUGACAUAUAGCUCUUACCAAUCAAAAAAUAUCAAUCAACCUACCUAGGUCAAAUCUUAAACACUGGUCUAUAAAUAAGGCUUUAUUGUGGUGCAUAGGCAGACAUUUAGGCACAACAAUAGUUUUUCUGGUUAAAUGUUCAGAUCAAGGCUAGAAGGCCCAACAAGUCAUGAUGCCAAACAUGAAUCAGAAUAUAAGUUCAGGUAUUACACAUCUUUAGCAGACCACCCAAAAAUCCACUAGAAUGCAGGAAAUCACAUCUAAUUAAAUACAAAAUGUCCUUUGUGUGGCCCUUCAGCUAUAUCUGCUUCACAGAAUGUAACCAAUAUUGUCCAUCUCCAGUAGGCUGCCCCAUCCUCCCCACAAACCACCAGAAUGCAGGGUACAACAUCAAAUUAAUUCCAAUUCUCUGAUAUCUGAGCAACCAACUUAUGUGGGUGUGUGCGCGGCAUAAUGUUGAUCACUCCUGACAAAAUCUCACUCCAAGUUUUUUUUUUAAGUUGGCAGGUAUAUUAUUGGGUCUUUUGAUGUCACUGUCUUUGGUUACACUGUAAAAGCUUUGUUUCUUUUUUCUGUUUUUUUAUUGUUUUUAGAAUUAUAUAUAAAAACAAUAUUGCUAAUAAGAUAAAGAUUUAAAAUUGUUUAAUUGUUACUGAAAUGAUACAAUAUGUUUUGCCAUCAGAAUUAUUUUAAUAUUCUGUUCUGAUGUUUUUGUUUAUUAAUAAAGUGUGAAGAGUGGUUGUCAGUUGUUUUGUUUUAGGCUAAGGAAGAACUACAAUACAAUCUGAUAUAUGUUGGCAACUUUUUAAAAAGGUUCAUAUUUUAUCAGGCUCUGGUUUGUAUUUGCAGCAUUUAGCAUUCAACCAAAAUGUUGAGAACAUUUCAUCAAUUUGU